AGAAGAAGAAGAAGAGGAGAAGAAAAGAAAAUAGAAGCUUUAUAAUUCUCAAUUUAACUGCAAAAGGGAAUUUGCUACUGAGAGAGAGAGCAGAGAAAGAGACCUUGAUUAGGGUUUUGCGUCGGCGAUUAGAGCUCAACCGCUGCCUUCGUCAUGGUUCUUUUACAGCUAGAUCCGUUUCUUAAUGAACUCACUAGCAUGUUUGAGCACACCACCGAGAAGGGUUCUGUUUGGGUUACUCUUAAACGAUCAUCCUUAAAGUCUAAGGUGCAGAUGAAUAAAAUGCCAAGUGGUGGCGAAACUGAGUAUAGAUGCCUCAUCCGUGCUACUGAUGGGAAAAAGACGAUUUCUACUUCAGUUGGAGCAAAGGAUCAUCAGCGCUUUCAAGCUUCUUAUGCAACUAUCCUCAAGGCCCACAUGACAGCUCUAAAGAAGAGGGAGAGAAAGGAUAAGAAAAAGGCUGCAGAGAAUGAUAAGAAAGAAGGGGUUGCUAAGAAUCCCAAGAGGGCGUAAAUGAGUCCCUUUUUUACCAUAAAUUUCCUGGGAUCAACAUCAAAUCAUGCAAUUUACAACAGGGUCGAUUGAUUUGCAUACUGCGCUUGGACAGAAUGUGUGGGGCAUGCCUCUUCUACUUCUAACAGGUAAUGAAGAGAGCAGUUUGUUGUUUUCCGAUUUGAGUAUAGUCUUGCCAAAUGCAAAUGCAGAAUAAUGUGCUUACAAAGAACUUCUUCGUGAAAUACAAAGCCUUUUAUUCUCGCCUUAACUUUGAUUGCUUUUUAGAUAAAAGAUUGUGUUGCUUUGUCAGAUCAUGCAAUAAUGGAAUAAGUUUGUGGUGUUGAUGGGUUCACAAUGACCAUCCAGCUUUUUUUAGAAUAAUGAUAUGGACGCAACUAUUUUAUAGCCGAUCGAUGAGAUGGUAUCACUUCAUUAACCAUUUCAUUUCAUUUAUUUAUUUUGUAAUUUUGAGUUUUCUAUCUGAUUUCAAAUUUUGAGUGAGCUCACCGUCCGUUUUGGGCUAUCGGAGUCGCCAAGGAUGGUUGAUGGCCCAGAACGGUAAGGUGCAAGGAGAAGCAGCUCGAGAAAGAGGAGAUAAAGACAGGAAGGAGACUAGGAGACCGAGUCUAAUUAGGAGUUUUUGGUUUGGGCGGGCCCAGAGGUUUUAUGUGUUGUGUCUAUUUGGUCUGGGUUGGACCAUUAUGGACGUCCGAUCUUUUUAUUUUUCAUUCUGAAACAAUAUCGGGCCUAGAAAGCAAUCAGUCGGCCACCCCCAUGUUUACGUGCUUCAAUUUGAUUGAGUAUAUAUCUUGCGUACUUGUUUCUAA